AUGAGUUUAACUCAAGGAGGUUCCAGUAAUGCUUCAAAUUCAGAUCCACAGCAAGCUAGAUUGGAGGAAUUAAUGCAGCAAAUUCUUCAGCAGCAACAAAAUCAGGAAAGGCAGAUUGGGCAAUUGGCUUCUAGCAUUAAUCAGAUUCAAGCUCAGGGAUCGAGUCAAUUGCCAUCUCAAACAAUUCCGAAUCCUAAAGGGAACGUUAGUGCAUUAACUUCAAGGAGUGGGAGAAAAAUUUCAGAAUCUUCAAGAGGAAGAGCUGCUGCUGAAAAUUUUUCAGAAAUCCAGCCAUCCAGUUUCAGCAAUGAAGAAUUUCCAGAAGUGCAGAAUGUGCCAGUUUCAAGUUCUCAUCAAAUUCACAUUGAUCCAUACGGUUUGGAGCAUUCACAAGGAGAUGGAAGCUUAAUUUCGGAAAAUUCCAGCUGCUUUUGUCCAGCUGAGCCAGUUCCAGCAGGAAACCCAGAUCUCAACAAAUCUGGAAUUUCAGAGUAUCAUCAGUCAGCUCAGAAAGAUUCAGAGCCGAGCCUUCCCUUACCCUUUCCUCAACGCAAAGUUCAACCAAGAAGAGAUGCAGAGGAGGAGAAAGCUAAGGAGUUCCAAGAGCUUGUGAAUCUAUUUAGCAAGGUAGAGGUUAAUGUUCCCUUACUCACAAUGAUCAAGCAAAUUCCAAAGUAUGCAAAAUUUUUGAAGGAUCUUUGUGUGCACAAGAAGAAGUUGAAGGGGAAUGAGUUGAUUAGCAUGGGCAAGAAUGUGUCUGCACUUCUUCAAACAGUUCCUCAGAAAUGCGAAGAUCCUGGAGUUUUUACAGUCCCUUGUGAGAUUGGGAGUAGUCUUUUUAAAGAUGCCAUGUUGGAUUUGGGGGCUUCAAUUAAUGUGAUGCCAAAAUCAGUUUUUCAGACUUUGGGCAUUGGACCAUUGCAACCUACAGGAGUAGUCAUUCAAUUAGCUGACCGCAGCCAGACUCACCCAGCUGGAGUUAUUGAAGAUGUAUUGGUGAAAGUGAGAGAACUUAUCUUUCCUGCAGAUUUUUAUAUCCUUGACAUGGAGGGAGACUAUCUGGCCAGUAGAUCUCCACUCAUUCUAGGACGACCAUUUUUGAAGACUGCAAGGACCAAGAUUGAUGUUCAUGCGGGCACACUUUCUAUGGAGAUAGGAGACACAAUGGUCCGAUUCAGUAUUUUUGACGCUAUGAAGCAUCCUAGAGAAGAUCAUUCUAUUCUUAGUUUGGAUAUUUCAAAGGACCUAGACAGUAUAGAUUUCUUUUCAGUGAUUGAUUCAGACUCAGAUGCUGCAGAGGGUGGUAUAGGUGAUUUUUUGUUUUCAGAAGAGGAGGAUAUUUCAGCCUUGGUAGGGGAUGAUGAGUCUGGUGGAGUAUUUCCAAGUGAGAGAGAGAAUUUAAGUGUAGGGGAUUGCUUAGGAGAAGCUCUAUCCCUAGGAUCGCUCAGAGAAGAGAAAUUAUGCGUAGGGGAUUGCUUAGGAGAAGCUCUACCCUUAGGAUCGCCUUCCGUUGACCAGACACAGGAUGAGUUGAAGCCAUUGCCGCCACACUUGAAGUAUGCUUAUUUAGGAGAGAAUCAGCAGCUACCUGUCAUCAUAGCCCAGAAUCUAGAACCAGAACAAGAAAGCAGAUUAUUGGAGAUUUUGAGGCAGCAUAGAAAGGCCAUUGGAUGGACUUUAGCAGAUAUUCCUGGCAUCAAUCCUUCUAUUUGCAUGCACAGGAUUUACUUGGAGGAGGAUGUGAAACCAGUGAGACAACCCCAGAGGAGACUUAACCCACUGAUCCUUGAUGUAGUAAAGAAAGAGGUGACUAGACUUCUACAGGCAGGUAUCAUUUACCCUAUUUCUGACAGUAAGUGGGUAAGUCCCAUCCAUGUGGUUCCAAAGAAAUCAGGGGUAACAGUUGUGACUAAUGAAGAGAAUGAAUUUGCAUCGACCCAGAGGAUCAGGAGAAGACCACCUUCACUUGUCCUUUCAGUACCUUUGCCUACAGACGGAUGCCAUUUGGAUUAUGCAAUGCUCCAGGAAUUUUCAGCGAUGCAUGGAUUCAACAGGAGAUUUAUUAGGGACUUCAGUCAGAUCGCUCUUCCAUUGUCUCAGUUGCUUCAGAAAGAUGUGGAGUUUCAUUUUGAUCAAAGGUGUAAGGAAGCUUUUCAGAGAUUGAAGGAGGCUUUGAUUUCUACUCCUAUCAUCAGGCCACCAGAUUGGGCUUUACCUUUUGAGCUGAUGUGUGAUGCUUCGAAUCUUGCCAUAGGGGCAGUACUUGCACAGAGAAUAGAGGGAGCACCACAUGUGAUCUGUUAUGCAUCGAAGACCUUAGAUUCGGCUCAAGCAAACUACACCACAACAGAAAAAGAGCUUCUUGCCAUUGUUUUUGCUUUAGAUAAAUUUCGAUCAUAUUUACUUUGUUCUCACGUGGUUGUAUUUUCUAAUCAUGCAGCGUUGAAGUUUCUCCUCAAGAAGCCAGAUGCUAAGCCCAGAUUGAUUAGAUGGAUGCUUCUCCUCCAGGAGUUUGAUUUGGAGAUUCGUGAUAGGAGUGGGAAGGAGAACUUGGUUGCAGAUCAUUUGAGCAGAAUUGAAGGGGAUUUGGAUCACACGGUUAUUGAUGAUGAUUUUAGAGAUGAGCAACUCUUUCGGAUGCAUGAUGAGUUACCAUGGUUUGGCGUGCCCAGGGCAAUAAUCAGUGAUCAAGGGUCAUAUUUUUGUAACAGACGCAUGAAGACUAUGCUGAGCAGAUAUGGAGUUUCACAUAGAAUUUCCACUCCCUAUCAUCCCCAAACAAAUGGACAAGCCGAGGUAUCAAAUAGAGAAGUGAAGUCAAUUUUGGAGAAAACAGUGAGACCUGACAGGAAAGAUUGGAGUAAGAGAUUAAAUGAUGCACUUUGGGCUUACAGGACAGCUUUCAAAACACCAAUAGGGAUGUCUCCAUAUAGGAUGGUGUAUGGUAAAGCUUGUCACCUUCCAGUGGAAAUUGAACAUAGAGCAUUUUAG